GGAGGACUACGAAGUCCUGCCCUUAGUGCGCAUGCUCGCGGCCCGGGCUGCUUCCGUGCAUGCGCAGUGCGGGCGCCUGGUUCUGGUCGCUCGGUCGCUGACCGGGAAGCGGAGGAAGAGGAGGAGGAAGAAGAGGGGGAGGAAGAAGAGGCCGCCGGAGACCCGCCUGAGCAAGAUGGCGGACGCCGGUCGGCCGCAGCGGAAGAUGUCCCGGGCCGGAGAGAGUUUGUACUGCAUCCUGGGCCUGGAGAAAGGGGCUUCCUCUGAGGACAUCAAGAAGGCGUACAGGAAACUGGCUUUGAAGUACCACCCGGACAAGAACCCGGAGAAUCCCGAAGCUGCGGAGAAGUUCAAGGAGAUCAACAACGCCAACACCACCCUCAGCGACGAGAACAAGCGGCGGAUCUAUGACGAGUACGGCUCCAUGGGGCUCUACGUCUCGGAGCAGUUCGGGGAGGAGAGCGUCAAGUACUACUUCCUCAUGUCCAAAUGGUGGUUCAAGCCCCUGAUGGUGUGCUGCAGUUUGAUCACCUGUUGCUGCUGCUGCUGCUGCUGUUGCUUCUGCUGUGGGAAGUGCCGCCCCCCAGAGGAGGAGGAGCCCUACAAGUACGUCAACCCCGAAGACCUGGAGGCCCAGAUCCGUGCCGAGAACGAAGCAGGCGGCGGAGAGGCCAUCCGCAUGCAGCCCACAGCCAGCGCCUCCUUGCACACCACAGACGAGACACAGCAGCCGCACAAGCCCUGACCCAGUUCAGCUGACGGUCAGAGCACAGCCCCCCCCCUGUUCUGCAGCCAUUCCAGAGACCACCCUCAGGCCCACAUGGCUGAGUCAGGCCUGCCGCUGCACUGGGGCAGAGAGACCCCCAGCCCCCACCCCGGGGGUCCUUGCCAAAUGCAGGGGGGCCACACGCCUGGCUGACCGCCCCACCGUCAUUGGGAGUCUUCUCAGGGAACCGGCUGAGGGCACAGCGGAGGAGGAGCAGGAGGAGAGCAACUUCCAGCCUCGCAGGAAGCUGGCGGGGCCAGAGUGGUGGCCCCCCUCCGGUUUAGGGCUGGCGGAAGAUGUU